GGAAAAUUUAGCUAGGGUUUAUGGCGGAGGAGAGAGCUUCGUCAGGGAAAGCGCUGGAGCCCGGCGCCUGGUUUGAGAUCGUUGAAAGUGGAAGCGGAGUGCAAUUGAGCCCUCCAUUCCCCUCCGUGGCGAUCCAGCGCCCUCUUUUCAAGCCUAGAUCGCUGUUUUUUGCUAGGAUCGGGUCGGAUUCAGCAACGAGGCAGGCUCCUCCGGCCGCGAAGAAGGUCGAGCAUUAUACGGUGUUUCGAAUUGCUGGCGAUGGACGAUGCAUGUUUAGAGCUUUGGCGCAAGGUCUCGCUGCAAACAAGGGAGUCCGAAUGAGCGGUAAAGAGGAGAAGGAAGAGGCUGAUCAACUGAAAAUGGCUGUGCGAGAGGCACUCUGUACAAGUGAGCAAGAACGUCGACAGCAUGAAGACGCUCUUAUCUCAGUGACGGUGGACGAAUCUCUUAAAAGAUACUGCCAGAGAAUAGUGAGACAAGAUUUUUGGGGAGGCGACUCGGAACUUCUGGUUUUGUCACGGAUGCUUGGACAACCAAUUACAGUAUACAUUCCCGAAUCCGAGCUCAAGCAGGGAGCUCGCUGGGGCACAGGCUACAUUCCAAUCGCGGAAUAUGGAAGCGAGUUCAGCAAAUCGACCAAAGAGCGUAAGGGUAGAAAGCCAGUGAGGUUACUCUUCAGUGGUAGCAACCAUUACGAUCUUCUAAUAUGAUCCUUAAUAAUUUUUGUA